CCCGGAACCACUGGAAAAAGCGGAAAUGGUUAUGGGAUGGAUUCAGCGAUUCAAAAGCAGGCGAUUCAAAAAUUUCUUAUUCUUCAUCUUGCAUGUUCAAAACCUGAAACAAAAUAUGAUCACUUGCGUGAUGAACUUUCAAUGGUUUGCUUGUCUUUCCGAAUCGCCGCCAGAAAAGGUAUGAAAUUAAAUAGCUAGGCCAGUCUCAACUUGAGCUAGAUUAUCGCUUGCGUUUGUC